UUUAAUUAAUUAAUUAAAUUAUAAACUUAAAAAAAUGUACUUAAUCUCUUUUCAUCUUACAUUAUCUGCAAUAUGUACAAUCCGUCCAUAUAUUAUUCGUCUAUCGUCUCUAAUUUAAUUCCUCCUUUCACGACAAAAGCUACAACUUUGCUUGCGUAAAAGUCGCAUUGCGAUGCUGAUUAACGUACAUUCGCGGUAUUUAGAACCGUGCGAAUUUAACGCUUGAAUUAUUCAAGGAUUAUGUAUUAUGUGAGAUUGAACACACAGCACGUAUAUGUCUUUCUCAUUUAUCAUCGUCAUAUUUUCUCAUUUAUAUAUGGUCGUCAUACAGUUGCGAUGAGCGUGAAAUCCUUGUCAAGAAGCAGGAACAUGGAAAAACGAUAGACAGAACUAGUGCGCUUGUAAAAAAAACGAUAUCUAAGAUAUCUGCGCAAGAUCUUUUUUUUCCGGAAGAAAAGCUGGACUAUUUUGUUAAGCGCUUAACAGCGCUUAACUUUACGGAGGACACGCGCGCCAAGGACAUUUCACGAGUUCUUCGGAGGUGUCUCUCUGCCCAUCUCCUUACGCAGCCGCCUCUCUUCCCGAUCUCGUAUAACGAAGUCAGGAUCGUUCCAGUAUUGAACCUCGCCGCUGGCGUACACGAUGAAGAUUAUAUUCGUCACGAUGAAGACAGCCAGGACGAUCCAGAAGACGAUUCGCCAUUGGGUGAGCGUUUGAUCGGGCGCCAACACCCCGACGAUGUACGGCGUGAUUAUCCCGCUGAAAGCACCUAUCCCGUUCACCAACGCCAUCAGAGUGCCGGAAUAAUUGGGACUAAGGUCCAGCCCGUUGACUUUCAUCCCGGGAUAGAAGGUACCUGCGAGAGAAAAAGAAAAUUUGAAGAGGAUUUGUCUGUGAAUUGUAAUUACGUACCCAUCAGAGCCAUGCCGAUGGUGAACAUGGCCACCACCAACGUAUUGUUGUACCCAGCGUAGGAGGCUGCGAUGAUGAAGAUACCUGGACCUAUGGAGGCGAUGGUGGUACCGAUUUUUCGCACGUUGGUGCGCGAUAUAAUGCCCCUGGUGAUAAUCCGGUCGGCCAGCCAGGACGACAAGAUGCUACAGAUCCACAUGACGAGGUAGGGCAACGACGAGACGAAGCCGUUAGUCUGAAUUGGGUAUUUAAGUACGCCACUCAUGUAUUUGGGCAGAUCGGUGACCAUGGUGAAGAAGCCCCAGUCGUGACCGAUCUGGGCAGCGAUCAGCGCCCAUACCGGCGCCGAGAGGAGCAUGUGACGCCAGGGUACGGGUGGUGGUUUCGCCAAAUCAGCACCCAUACGAGGAACCACAACACGCCGAUGCCGCCGAACACGUAGAAAACCACGGGCCACGUGUAGGUAUGUAGCAUCAGUCCGGAGAACACGUUGGACAGGACAGUGCCGAUCUGGGCACCGGCGAACACCAGCGAACCGAUCAUCGAUCUCUCCUCCGGUGGCGUCCAUUGCGCCAACAUAGCGUUCAACGCUGGGAAGGUCGUGCCCUCACCGAGACCCAUCAAGAUUCGCAACACUAUCAGGCCGUCCGACUCGCUCCAAUCGACCACCACCGGCGUCAGUAGGGUAAAGAUUGCUGUCGAGAGCAUGCCGAGACCGAGGGAGUACUUACCACCGAACUUUUCGGCCAAUAUCCCGCCUGGCAGAUGCGUGAUGACGUAGCCCCAGUAGAAGGACGAGAGAAUGAGACCCUGGGACGAGGAGGUGCAGGUGUGUAAAGGCAUAAUGAAAAACGCUCUGCGACUACAUCCGGACGAGAAGCAUUUCCUUUAUCCGAUGGGUCACAAGGUGGUGAUAAGGAACAUCGAAAGUAGCAAGCAACGAUUUCUCAGCGGUCACACAAACAACGUCUCGGCAUUGUGCGUUUCUCCGUGCGGAAAAUACGUCGCUUCCGGCCAAAAUAAUCAUCUCGGUUUCAAGGCCAUGGUGAUCAUAUGGAAUUACGAGGAAGGCACGAUGAUGGGCAGCUACGAGACGCACAAAGUCGGUGUCGAAGAUCUAUGCUUCACGUGCAACAGCGAUUUUUUGGUGAGCCUCGGUGGCAGGGACGACGGCAACGUCAUCGUCUGGGACGUCCAGAAGAAUUCUCUUAUAUGCGGAUCAUUCGCCAGCAACGACACGAGCGGCGACGCAUAUAAUAUCGCGAGGAUGCAGUUUCACAGCAAGUGUUUCGUCACCGCAGGCGACAGGACCCUGAAGAUCUGGCGCAUCGAGGCAGAGAAGCGAAGGGUGCACGGAAUCGACGUGGAAGUGGGCAAACUGAAACGUCUCAUCAAUUGUAUCGUCGUAGACGAAACGGACGAGAUCGUUUACUGCGGCACUUCCUCCGGUGAUAUCAUUAACGCAAGAUUAAAUUUACGCGACGAUCUGGAAUGCGACUCGCCAGCUCGUUCACCGGUAAUGAUCGGCUGCUAUUCAAAGAUAACGCGCGAUCUGAGAAAAAUGAAGAUGGGUGAAGGCGAUCUAUAUUCAGGCGGAGUGACGAGUCUGGUGCUUCUAAAGGGCGGGAAACUGCUAAUUGGUACUGGUGACGGUACCGUAGAAUUGAUCCAAAUAAUAAAUAGAAAGGAAAGUCGAACGCACAAGCCGUCAAAGUUCCCUAAUACGCCACAAAUACUCACUCAUCAAAAGGAAAACGUAUGUAGCGCCGUGACAUCCAUGGUUCUGUAUCUGAACGAAUUUGUACUAGUCGGGACAGCCUGGUGCGAAAUCUAUCAAAUUCAGCUGUCAAAUUUUCACAUGCGCCUACUCGUUACUUCUCACACUAGCUGCAUAUACAGCAUCGCGUUUCCGCGCAUCAGUUCGGAGAUAUUCGCGACAGGCGGCAAAAGCGAUAUCAGACUAUGGGAGCUGAAAAAGCAAAAAGAGAUACUUCGUAUCACGGUGGCAAAUUUUGUUUGUUCCAGUCUACAAUUUGCACGUGACGACCAAAUACUAUUUUCUGCUUGGAACGACGGCACAAUAAGAGCAUUCGCGUCGCACAACGGGCAGCUUUAUUUCGCCAUUCACAACGCUCAUACGAAAGCCGUAUCUACGGUCGCGGUUACGAGCGACGGUGUGACGCUCAUUAGCGGUGGUUGCGACGGCCAGGUACGAAUAUGGGAAAUAAAAAACGACGUGCAGCGAUUAAUUAGUAUACUAAAGGAACAUCGGGGACCGAUAACAUCUUUGCACAUCUCAAGCAAUAAUGAAAAUUUGAUUAGUUCAAGCACGGACGGCACGUGCGUCAUUUGGGACAUAACGCGUCGCGUAAGGAAACAUACCCUUAUGGGAAACACAAUGUUUAUGAUGGCACAAUUCACACUCGAUGGUAUCCAGAUUUUGACGUGCGGCACGGAUCGAAAGAUCGCUUACUGGGAGACUCUGGAUGGCUCGUUGGUGCGAGAAAUUGAGGGUUCCAACGUCGGGACGUUAAACUGCAUGGACAUAAGUCCCGAUGGUAGGUUCUUCGUUACCGGAUCCAAUGAUUGCACUGUCAAGAUCUGGGAGUACGACAGCGCGGAUCUCCUUCACAUCGGUACUUCCCACGCGGCGAUAGUCACCGGGAGUAAAUUCAGCGCGGAUGGCAAAUAUAUAGUAACAACUAGCGCCGAUGGAGCAAUUAUAAUAUGGAAAUGUCCAUCCAAAAUCAUGGAGGAUUUCAAGUCUAUGGAUCAAGCAGGAGCAGCUAAUUCUAUAUAUAGCUUGCGAAACGAAGAGAAAUUAUUUCGGCAAAAAGAAAGCGAUAAAGAUGUCGCAGCGGAUCAAAGUGUACACUCUUCCAAAAAAUCGACUUCAUCAUGUACAAGUGGUGAUAGACAGCAGCUAUCAGUUGCUUCCGAUCGAAGUAAAGGAUCUAAAAAGGAAAUUUUCGAGAAAAAAAUACCCAUUUGUAAAUGUACAUCAUUAAGAUCAGCGAACACUAUAUCAAGUACAGGAACACCGAACAAAUGUCGAUGUAAAGACACAAAUGAUGAAUCAUUUAGCAAAAUGAAGGAACAGUUAAAAGAAUCUUCAGAUGUAUGUAGCAGAAGAUCUAUUACAUCAAAUAAUGUGUGAAACAAUAAUCCAUCAAUUAAAUUGAUUAAUUUAUCAGAGAUUUUAAUGUUACUAUUGAAAAUAAAUCUAAUAACAUAAAGCUAAGUUCUUGAUGACACAAUAUCACAAAUAUAAAGAGAGUUUUAUCACAA